AUGUCGUCGUCGAAAUUCCCUAAGGUCCAAGGAGGAGGAUCUCUAAUACUUGCCUGGCAAGUUAAGCAAAAGAAUGUCUUGGUGAUUGGUGGUGGGGAGGUAGCUGCUGGCCGGAUCCUGCAUGCUCUCAAUGCCGACGCCAAAGUGUCCGUCGUUUGUCCAGCUUCGGGCCUAAAUGAUGAGGUGGCCUUUCGGGUUGCCGAGGGCCAGGUUACUCACUACGAUCGAUACUUCGAACCGACAGAUCUAGAAGGAGCAGAUAUGGUCCUUUGUGCCAUUGACGACCCGGACGCUUCGACACGCAUUUGGAAACUCUGUAAAGAAAAACGAAUACCCGCAAACAUUGCAGAUGUACCGUCGGAAUGCGACUUCUACUUUGGUAGUGUACAUCGGGAUGGCCCAUUGCAGGUGAUGGUCAGCACAAACGGGAAUGGCCCUAAGCUUGCCAGUAUUGUGCGGAAGAAAAUAGCCGAUAAUCUUCCAGAUAACAUGGGUGCAGCAAUUGAUAAUGUGGGAAAAUUGCGGAAGAAACUCAGAGAUAUUGCACCCAGUGUGAAGGAAGGUCCAAAAAGGAUGAAAUGGAUGUCUGGUGUUUGUGAAUCGUGGGGUUUGGACGAUCUUGUCCAAAUGAAUGAUAAAGACAUGAAUGGCCUUCUGGUGCAUUAUGCUUCCGGCAAGAUCCCUCCAUUGGAAGACAUUCGAUCGGGCGGAGCAAUUCGUUGA